AAGUUGAGUUGAAGUCAUAUGCUUCUCUUCAUUUUAUGUGUUCUGCUCUUCAUCUUCUUCCUCUCGGUUCUCUCCAUUUCUUUGUUUUAAAAAAAUCCCAACAUGGUAUCAGAGCCCUAUUGAUCUUUGAGGGACUGUGAGAGAGUUAAUCGAAGCAUAACCAAAACCCACCGCUCUAAAUGGAUUCCAGUAGGUCUUUGUUGUGAAAUCCCUCUUCCAUUUUUUUGCCAAAUCACUCAGCAAGUGAUGAAGGCAUAUGGUAGGCCCACUAUAGCUCAACAUCAAGCAUGGUGAGGAGAUGGUGUGAAGAGGCAAGUUGGACCAACGAAGAGAAGGUGUUCAUGGUCUCUACAGCAAGCAAUCCAAAGGGAAAAAGAAUGUAUGCCAAGGGAAGGGUGCAGCCUGAGAAAGGAAGAAAACUCAGAGCAUGAAUCAAAUCCGGUUCACCAAAAGUUGAAUCUGAUUUAUGACCCUAAGGAAGCUGUAGAAGAUGAAAAAGAUGAUGAAGCAGCACUUUUGAGGUACCAAUCCCCUGUUUUAUUUACUCAGAAAAUGCAACUUAGUUGCAAAACUCCAAAAUUUGUUUGAGGCAGCAAAAUCCAAAGAAGGAAAGCUGUGAUGAAGGAGGAGCUGAGGUUGUUUGAGAAGGAUGGUACAUGGUUGUGAUGAAAAAAAAAUGAAAACCAACCACAAGAUGGACAGCAAAGGGCUGAUCCCGGGUAGAUGGACAGCAAAGGGCUGAUGCAAAGGGCUGAUCCUAGGUGCUUAGGCAUAAAUCUAUUUCGUUUUUGAUGUUGCAGCUUUGAUGCCAAGGAGGAGUGUUGGAAUUAUUGCUAGAAACGUGGCAAUCAAAUCUGCAGAAAUGAUGAAAUGAAACUACCAUGAAAUGGCAGCAAUGAGGCUGCAAUUUGACAGCAAAUAUGGCAGUAAUUUAGCUGCAAAUAUGAUGGAAAUGGAGCUGUAAAAUGACAGCAAAAAUGUGCAGCAAGCUGAGCUGCAAAUGUUGAUGAAAUGAGGCUAUAACGGGUAGCAAAUGAAAUGCAAAUGCAUCA